AUGGGUGGGACAAUUAAAAAAUUCUCAUUUUUCACAGGAGAAUUGCUUUUAUCACUCAAUAAUUUAGCAGAUGGAUAUUCCUGCUACGUGAUGACUGUAUCCCAAAAUGAUGAAUAUAUUAUGUUUGGAUUUGAAAACGGACUAGCUCUCUUCUAUAAAAAAAGUAAUGAUAGACCUUUUAAGAAAUUUUCUUUUGAAAUCCCGAUAAAUACCUGCGCAUUUUCAUCAGGAAGCACAUUUUGUGCGAUAGGACUAGAUGAUGGCACAAUCUUUGUAGUUAGCAUGAAAUCUGAACAUAUUUGGAGACAAAAAAUACAUUCGAAUCCAACAACAUCAGUUUCAUUCUCGACUUAUUCACCAUUGUAUUUGAUUUCAUCCUGCAUUAAAUCAGGUGAAAUAUCCUUUAGCAAGUUCGAAAAUAAUAUUUAUAAAGUUUACAAGAAGAUAUCUGUUCCACACAAAUGCCGUCUCGUUGCAUAUUCUUUCUCUUAUGACGAAACUAUUAUCUAUGGAUGCUCAAGAAACGAAAUUUAUGCUUGGGAAUCUGAAUCCGGAAAUUUAAUCGGGCAACUAGAAGUUAAGGAACUAGGAAUAGAAUUAAUUAGCGUUUCUGCACAUCCUUGUUGUAGAAAUUUAUGCUUAGUUGUUUCAAAAUCAUCAAUCUCUCUUUGGAAUUAUAAAACCCAUGAAUAUACUGAUCUACACAUAGUUCAACUCGGAAAUACUUUGAUACAAUCAGUACAAUGGGCUGAUAGUUUAACAUUAUAUGGACUUUUCUCAGAUGGUUCACUCAAGGUUUUUUCUACAAAGAGCGGAAACUGGCAACAACAAAAUGAUAAUGAAUAUAUUAGAUUUAUUAAUAAUGAAGGCAAUGAGUGGCCAGAGAUACUCAAAUUGUAUUAUGGAAAGUAUUUUAUUCACCCUUUUAUCACUAAUAUGACUAAUGUAGAAAGUAUCCUUCUAUCGCAUUUACCUAUACAUGUUGAUGAUAUAGAUCCAAUUGAAUCUGAUGAGAGUUCGGAUGAUUCUUACUGA